UGGGUGCUGCGGCGGGUCGCUCCCCACUCCCCACGUGCACGUGGGGUGUCCCUGCCCUGCGUCCUGCAGGUGAGAUGCCCCUGUCACACAUCAUGAGCCAGGAUCUGGAGAAAAUUGCCAUGGAUUACAUCAUGCCGUGCCUGCACGAGGUGGGCUUCUGCUACCUGGACAACUUCCUGGGCAAGGUGGUGGGCAACUGCGUGCUGGAGCGUGUGAAGCAGCUGCACUGCGAAGGGGCCCUGCGGGACGGCCAGCUGGCCGGGCCGCGCGCCCAGGUCUCAAAGCGGCACCUGCGCGGCGACCAGAUCACGUGGAUCGGGGGCAACGAGAAGGGCUGCGAGGCCAUCAGCUUCCUCCUGUCCCUCAUCGACAGGCUGGUCCUGUACUGCGGAAGCCGCCUGGGCAAAUACUACGUCAAGGAGAGGUCCAAGGCAAUGGUGGCAUGCUAUCCAGGAAAUGGAACAGGUUAUGUUCGCCACGUGGACAAUCCCAAUGAUGACGGCCGCUGUAUCACCUGCAUCUACUACCUGAACAAGAACUGGGAUGCCAAGCUACAUGGUGGGAUCCUGAGGAUAUUUCCAGAAGGGAAGUCGUUCGUAGCAGAUGUGGAGCCCAUUUUCAAUAGACUGCUGUUCUUCUGGUCGGACCGCAGGAAUCCACAUGAGGUGCAGCCUUCCUAUGCCACCAGAUACGCCAUGACUGGUACUUUGAUGCUGAAGAAAGAGCAGAAGCCAAAAAGAAAUUCGGGAAUUUAACUAGGAAGAGCGAGACUGAGCUCACUGAAGACUGACCAUGCUGUGACAUUCGCUGGCCUCGUUCACUUUAGUUACAGU